AUGGCGACCCAACUUUUGGUAUUAACCACUUUCCUAGCCGUCACAUGUUCUCUAGUCGUUGCUUUUGAGCCUAGUCCAUUGCAAGAUUUUUGUGUUGCCGACGCUACUAGCACAGGUUUAGUAAAUGGUCUACCUUGCUUGGACUCCAAGCUUGCAACAGCUGACCAUUUCUUCUUCAGUGGACUUCACAUCCCAGGCAACACCUCAAACCCUGUUGGUGGAAAAGUCACCCCUGUCAAUGUGGCUCAACUUCCGGGACUCAAUACCCUCGGCAUCUCACUAGCUCGCAUCGACUACGCGCCAAUGGGUGUUAUCCCUCCCCACACCCAUCCCCGCGCCACCGAGAUUCUGACGGUCUUGAAAGGCAAGCUCAAUGUUGGUUUUGUGACCUCAAACCCCGAGAACAAGCUCUUCUCGAAGGUCCUUAAGAAGGGUGAUGUGUUUGUGUUCCCUGUUGGACUAGUUCACUAUCAGCAAAACCUGGGUUCUGGAACUACCAUCUCUCUAUCUUCUUUGAGCAGCCAAAACCCUGGAGUCAACACCAUUGCUAACGUUGUGUUUGGAUCCAAUCCUGCUAUUUCUGAGGAUGUUCUUGCCAAGUCUUUUCAGGUGGACAAAUCCGUAAUUAGCGAUCUUCAAGCCAAAUUUUAG